CCGUGGGGGUGUACCGUAGACUAAUAUACAAUGUGGCCCGUGGUGUACCGUAGACUCGACAACGCGACCCGGAGACAGUCCGCCCCGUCAGUCGUCAGGAAGCCCAAACGCCCAACACCAACAACAUGCUCAUCAAAGUCAAGACCCUCACUGGGAAGGAGAUCGAGAUUGAUAUUGAACCAACAGACAAAGUUGAGAGGAUUAAAGAGAGAGUUGAGGAGAAGGAAGGCAUACCGCCACCUCAGCAACGACUCAUCUUUUCAGGGAAACAGAUGAAUGAUGAAAAAACUGCAGCAGACUACAAAGUUCAAGGUGGCUCUGUGCUUCAUCUUGUUUUGGCUCUCCGGGGAGGGUGUAGUGGAUGUUAAGGUAGUGGGAUUGACUGAAGAUUAAGAUAUGUCUCUGGUGUCCUGUGCUCUGCUUUCAUUCCUUAUAGAUUGAGUGCAUCAACUUCUAAAUAUAUUUAUGGAAAAUCUUAAGAGUACUAGGAGCCUUAUGAAGCAGCUUCCAGUUAGAGAAGCAGAGCUUGGCCUUUGUUUCACUUACGAAGCCACUUGAGAUUUUUUGUUUGCUUUAUAUACAAAAAUGUCGUUAAUUUUGAAACAAACGAAAGCCAUCUUGGUGUGCAUGCAUACUUAUAUAGCUUCAGUGAUUUUUGCAACUGAUGGAUCUCUGUAAUGGAAUGUAUUUGAUAAACAUUAUAAUUGGCCUUAAUAAUAGCAUUGGGUUUAAGAUAAAGUUAUUGAACAUCUUUUAUGAAGAUUUCUAGAAUCAUGUUAAAAUGUUUUCAUAAUGAGAACUAUUUUGCCUGAGCGGUGUAUAAAAAUGUUAAUCUCUAUGCAUUUUCAGCACUUUAGACACAAGUAUAUUCUGAGAAUAAUUAGCAUAAAAUUAUUUGUCUUGUAUUUCAUUCAAAGCAUGCAAUAAUUCCUGUUCACUGUAAAGGAAUUUGGUAUGACCUGCCAUAACAUUUGGUGUGUGUUUUUUCCCACCCUUUACCAUGUUCUCAAAUUGCUGGUUUAAGAAUAUAGUGAAAUAUAUUAUUUAUGACUUUCAAGGAGUUUUAGAUAGGAUCAUUUCAACAUUUGUCUUUCAUUAUUAUAUGUUAUGGAAUUCAAAAUAAAUCGUGUUUAUAAAUCAA